ACACGCGUUUGAAAGUCAGUCUGGUUUGUGCUCAGCACACACCCUAUUUUCUUUUUCUGUGACCCAAUCCUCAGCCAAUACAAGGGUAAACCAGCACUUGUAAAAUAGAGUUUUAGUUUUGUGCUUCCAUAGUCGAACGUCGAAUGAUCUGUACUGACUACUGUGGCAAUACUAAUACUGGUAGGUGGACAGCAGAAAAAUGGAAUCGUCAGUUAGUGCUGACGAGCUGGAAGCAGUGGAGUCCAAAAAGUCUCAGUCAUCAUCUAGGGAUUCUGGAGUGGAUGAUGAGGCCAGUGGCAGUAGCUGCAACGAUGGAGAUAACACGGGUGGAAUAUUCUUCAACUUUCUUCUGGGUGAUGCUCUGGGAUACAAGCAGAUGAACAGGGGUGACAAAUUAGCCCUAUUCAAAAAUGAAUUGAUCCUUGGAUUCAUUAUUGCGUUCGCCCAGAUCCCACUGUCGGUUGCUUACGCAUUUCUAGCAGGGCUAGAACCAUCCAUUGCCAUUCAUACGGCUUGGAUAAUAGGAUUGAUCUGUGCAAUAUUUGGUGGACGGCCUGCAAUGAUUAACGGUGCGACUGGAGGGUUUUCUUCAAUCAUUGGAACAUUUAUUACGCAGCCAACCGUGUCAGGGCGCUCUGGUGAGGGAGUUGAGACACUCUUUAUUUCUGUGGUACUGGCGGGAGUCCUGAUGCUCGUUGCAUUUGCUCUUGACUUGGGAAGAUUUCUAAGCAUCAUUUCGUUCCCAAUCAUGCUGGGUUUCGCCAACGGCUUGGCUAUUGUCAUUGCUAGAGCUCAGCUGCAUCCUUUCUCCUAUGACUGCCCUGGAAACUACCGCUGCCCAUUUGUGAAUGAAUCAGUGGACAACUUUACCAUGCCGGAUAAAUCCAUUCACUAUGUGGCUGGUGCCGAGCUGGGCUGGAUGAUUGGAAUUGUCCUUGUCUCAAUGAUCGUCAUGGAGUUUGUACCGAAAAUUCCGCAUAAGGCAGCCAAGAUAGUGCCAUCUUCACUGCUGGCGAUUCUGGCCGCUGUCUUCCUUGAGUUUGUCGUUGUUCGCAAUGCUGGAAGUAAGACCGACACCAUUGGUGAUGUUGCACCGUUCUCAAAGGACACCGCCUUCCCUAUUCCGUUUUUCAUCGACAAGUCUCGCUACCCGUCUAAUGGCACGCUGAAUGCUGACAACAGUACUGUGCUUGGCCCACUCAAAUAUGACUUGGACAAGCUGCAGGGAAAGGCCGGGCGAAUUAUUUUGCAGGCAUUCUUCCUCGCCGUAGUUGGUCUGAUUGAGUCCUUGCUGACCCAGGAGAUUGUCGACAAGCUCACCAAGACCAAAGGCAACCGAUCGAGGACCAUCGCGGCCAUGGGUGCUGGUAACAUCGUCUCUGGUCUCUUAGGAGGCAUGGGUGGAAACGCUGUGAUCGGUCUGUCGACUAUCAACUCCUUGAACGGGGGUCGUGGGCGCCUAGCACCGAUCAUUACUGCUUUAGUUGUGAUGGUGAUGGUCAUGGGUGGCUAUCCAGUCCUCAACUUUGUUCCAGUUUCAGCUCUAGUCGGUAUCAUGCUGGUUGUUGCCGCACAUACAUUCAAGUGGCAGUCACUGCCGGCGAUCUUUGUUGCCUUCUUGCCGGAAAGGUGGCGACUGGCGGGUAAACUACAAUUCAAGAUUGAGCGCACCGACGUGGUCAUCGUAGUGCUGGUGACCGCUCUGACCAACGUACCAGGUUUCAACUUGUUCUACUCCAUUGCUGCUGGCGUUGCCCUGUCAGCCGUGAUAUAUACGUGGAGAAGUGCCCAAGAAAUUUCUGUGAAAUCUGACCACGUGUCUUCGGAACUCAAAGUUUACUUUGUUUCUGGACCAUUGUUCUUUGGGAAUGCAUCCUCCUUCCCUGACCACUUUGAUCCUGAGGGAGACCCAGCCACUGUGGAAGCCCAUUUUUCAGACACAACUCUUUUCGAUUCUGCAGCACUUAAAACCCUCAACACAAUCACCAAGCAGUACAGCAAGGCGGAGAAGUCCUUCAUUAUACGACACCUAGACCCUGUGAGUGUCCGCAGUGUGUCCAAAGCAUCACGUCUUCUCCACUACAUUGAACUGGCUGCCGGGGAGGACAUACCGAUGGGUGUCAGCGGCGAAGAAGAUCCAUCGCCGCAGCCGCUUGUUACCAACGACGACGAUCCUGUGGUGCGCAAGCGUUCAAAUGAUGUUGUUAAUAAUGAAUCAGGUGUGUAGUUCUCACCAGUUCUGCUCUCUCUCUCUCUCUCUCUCUCUCUCUCUCUCUCUCUCUCUCUCUCUCUCUCUCUCUCUCUCUCUCUUCUUUAGUGUUUUAUCUGUAAUCUACUCUGGCUGGGCCAAGUAGCAAAAUGUUCUUGAAACUUCCACAGUCUUCCAUAUUUGGGUGUGGAUCUGUUGAACUCUGAUAAUUGUUUAUUUUUACCUUCGUGCUAUUCUAGAUAUUAACUUAUUUUUUUCUACAUUUUGUACAAUUUCCCUGAGCUGAUAAUUACCAUGUCAUGAUACAGCACCAGUUGCUUUCAUCGAGGACUUUGCGGAAUAGAUCUUGUAACAAGUUACAAAACAUGUUUAACCCUAGGAAUUCUAUGGGCUUUUGGUGGUGUGUCAGUGUCCAAUUUUUUCAACAAUAUAAUAUAUCAAUAAACUGUUAGUUAGUUUCUUGUAAUACUUAUAAUAUAUCCAUCCAAUAAAACCUAUUGAUAACUCUGGCGUAUUAUAUUUUCCUUUCAGCAUGAAACUCCACAAUGUGGAAUUAUUCGCGCAAUUUGUCUAUCUCUCUCUCUCUCUCUCUCUCUCUCCCUCUCUCUCGCUCGCUCCGGUCUUCAGGUGUGCUCCCUUGCUUACUAGCACACACGCUUUCUCUGCCUUCCACUGUCUGAAAAGAAACUCCGUAAUGACCAAUG